AUGUCUGAAAAAGAAGAAAUUGUCAUUGUGGGCGCCGGCAUCAUCGGUGUGUGCACGGCAUACUAUCUGCUGAACCACCCCAAGUUCGACCCAAAGAAACACCACAUCACCAUCAUCGAGGCGGUACGAGCGGCUGGAGGCGCCUCCGGAAAGGCCGGCGGACUGCUGGCUCUGUGGGCCUUCCCGUCCCAGAUUGUGCCCAUGUCCUUCGCCCUACACGAAAAAUUGGCAGACAAGUACAACGGAGCGGUGGAAUGGGGGUACAGACGGGUCAGCACGGUUUCGGUGGAGGGCAAUCUUAUGAAGACCGGCCCCGCCCCCCUGGGUAGAAAAGUGGCUGGCAGAGCCCCCACACACUCAUCGGAGAAGGGCCCCGACGUGGACUUGCCUGAGGACCUGGACUGGAUCCGGCCCGAAGUUAUCGACUCGUGGUCACAUCUGGGUGGCACCGACUCCACCGCUCAGGUGCACCCCUUCAAGUUCACAACAUUCAUCCUCAAAAAGGUGCUCGAGUCUGGCCACGCGACCCUGGUGCUGGGUUCCGUCAAGCGAGUCAACACCCGGUUGAACGAUGAUGACGAGGAGGAGGCUAUCUCAGUUACAUACACGGCAUCCCCCGGAGACGAGCGCACGAUUGCUGCAUCCAAGGUGGUUCUGGCCGUGGGACCAUGGACAUCCAAGCUGCUGCCCACCUGUCCGAUAUCCGGUUUGCGAGCACACUCCAUCACCAUUGUGCCCACCAAACCCACCACAGCAUAUGGCAUCUUCACAGAGCUGCGAGUGUCGCGAAACCGAUACGUCAGUCCCGAGAUCUACGCUCGAAAGGACGAAAUCUACGUGUGUGGCGAAGGCGACUCGCUGCCUGUUCCGGAAAACACAGACGCAGUGGAGGUAGAGCGAGAGCGGUGCGACGAGCUGUUCAAGUGGGCUGGAGACCUGUCGCACCAGCUCAAGAACGGAAAGGUGCUCAAACGUCAGGCUUGCUAUCUGCCGGUGGUAGAUGUUCCUUCGUGCACUGGCCCCCUGAUUGGCGAGACCACCACAUUGAAUCUGUUUUUGGCAUCGGGACACUCGUGCUGGGGUAUCAACAACGCCCCAGGAACUGGACUGCUCAUCGCCGAGCUGCUUCUCGAUGGCGAGGCCACUUCGGCAGACAUCUCUCAGUUUGAUCCCAAGCUGUAUUUCGACUCUUCUGAGUUGUAA